CAUGCUUCGGCCCUUCACUUAGACAGAGAAAUAGUGAGGGACCCGACAAAGCAAUCGUACCUUUGCUCUUCGUUUUUGGAAAUCUUUUUGUCACUCGGGCACUUUCUUUAGAGAGGGCGAGGUCGAGUUACCGGCGGCGGCGAUGAAGGAUGACGGAGACAGCGGCGGAGACGGCGGAGGAGGAGAGAAUCCGGUGACGGUGGUGGUGGGGGUGAAGUUCGGCGGCCGGAGCAGAGAAUUGCUUACUUGGGCCCUCGUCAAGGUAGCAAAUUCCGGAGACCGUGUCAUUGCACUUCACGUCGUCGAUUCCGUCCCGGAAAACUCUGCUUCGCUCCUCUCUGUGGUGAAGUCUUUCGAGGCUAUGCUUCGUGUGUAUGAAGGAUUCUGUAACUUGAAGCAGGUGGAAUUGAAGUUGAAAGUGUGCAGAGGGGCAUCUGUUAGAAGGGUUUUGGCAACGGAAGCCAAUUCCUGUGGAGCUGCAACUUUUAUCUUGGGGACGUCAAAAUCUCGGCACUGUUUACGUUCAUCCGCCUCUGUUGCCAAGUACUGUGCCACCAAACUUCCGAAGAAACUAUCGGUUUUAGCGGUGGAUAAUGGCAGAAUCGUGUUUCAACGAGAAGGAGAUUCUCUCGAAGUUGAUGGUUUGGAACAUGGCGAUGGUUUAUACAAAAAGCAGCUCGGCAUUGAUCGUCAUGUAUCAUCAAAGAAAAUGCAGAAAGGAACAGAAGCCACGAAAAAAUCAUGUCGAGAAAGCACGAAUAACAACCCAAGACGGAGUUUGGAUGGGAGGAAGUGUCAAAGUGUUGAAGAUUCGGGUAUGUUAGAUAAUUCUGUUGCCCAAUUACCGGAAGAAACGGUGGACAAUUCACUGGCGUUGGUGCCAAUCCAAACACACGAGGAAGAUACAAGCCCGACAUCCAGCUUGACAAUAUAUACACCUAAAAAGAAAUCUAGAUGGCCGUUCUUACGUCGGGUUUUUAUACCGCCACCAGAGACCCUCGUGAGAUCUUCUUGUAGGAAGAUGUCAGUAAUUCGGUGGGCUUUGAGAUUUAAGGGUAGGCAACAAUCUGCAGCCAUUAUCUAUCCUGAUGGGAGACAGAUUAAUUCUUGUAAUGACAAAGAUGGUUCCUCUACGUUGGAUGGUCAGAGUGGCGCCAUUGUCUCGUUUGGCUCUGAAAUCUCAUGGUCAAGUUUAUCACUUUGCAAUGGCUUUGAUAAUUUUGCCGAGGAAUUGGAAAGUCUGCAUAAAAGGUACUCAUCGACAUGCAGAGUUUUUAGCUACCAAGAGCUUCUUUCAGCGACCUCUGGCUUUGCACCCGAAAAUAUGGUUGGAAAAGGCGGUAGCGGUUAUGUCUAUCGAGGCUGUCUUCCCCAAGGGAAAGAGCUGGCUGUGAAGAUUCUUAAGCCAUCAGUAGAUGUGGUGAAGGAAUUUGUGGUGGAAAUUGAUAUCAUCACAGGCCUACAUCACAAUAACAUUGUUUCUCUAUUUGGAUUUUGUUCCGAGAACGAGAAUUUGCUGCUGGUUUAUAACUUCUUACCCCGUGGAAGUCUUGAAGAGAAUCUUCAUGGUAAUAAAAAGGAUACAAGUGCAUUUGGCUGGAGUGAGAGGUAUAAGGCGGCGCUUGGGGUAGCUGAGGCUCUAAAUUAUCUGCACAACGGCCGAGAACUUCCCGUGAUUCAUCGGGAUGUGAAAUCUUCGAACAUUCUCCUUUCCGAUGAUUUUGAAGCACAGCUUUCUGAUUUUGGACUUGCCAAUUGGGAUGUUAAUUCUUCAUCGUCUCAGCGAAUUUGCACUGAUGUUGCUGGGACUUUCGGUUAUUUGGCCCCGGAAUACUUCAUGCAUGGUCGGGUGAGCGAGAAAGUAGAUGUGUAUGCGUUUGGUGUUGUACUUCUUGAGUUGCUUUCCGGGAGAAAACCGAUCGACAGCGGUAACAACAACUGCCAAGAGAGUCUUGUCCUGUGGGCGAAGCCAAUCUUAGAGGGUGGAAAAAUGCUGCAGCUGCUUGACCCAAGUUUAAAGAGCGACUAUGAUGUGAACCAGAUUGAAAGAAUCACGAUGGCUGCAAUGCUCUGCAUCAGACGCACACCUCGGCUUAGGCCUGAUAUUUGCAUUAUUUUGAAGCUCCUGAAAGGCGAGGAAGAAGUGGAAAAGUGGGCGAGGCAGCAGCUGAAUAGCACGUCGGAAGAAACUGUAGACGAUGAGAUGGAUGGAGAGUGGUCACAGCCGACAAGUAAUAUACAGUCGCAUCUGAAUCUGGCUUUGUUGGAUAUAGACAAUGGUGACGAUGAUUCCCAGUCGAUGAGCAGUAGCUCCGAGCAAAGUGUUUCCAUUGAGGAUUACCUGAGAGGGAGAUGGAGCCGUACAUCAAGCUUUGACUAGGAAUCUCUGUCUGAAGAUUGAAAGGGGGACAACCUUAGAACUAGUUUUUUUUUUUUUUAAUUUCUGGUAUAGUUUCUAGUUGUUGGGUUUAUUAUCGUCUUCAUGCCGAAUUAACAUCAGGUAUUUGAGGGUUUUGCUUCCUAUUGUUGUAUGUUGUGUACAGAAUCUCAUAUUGCUUAUCCAUCUGAUGAAUGCUUGUGGAGAUGCGUAUUCAAUAAUGGAAAGAGGAUUUCAUCA